AUGGGUUUCUGGUCACUUCUGGAGGUGGCAUCUAUGCCAAAUUUGCAGAUACUUUUAAUUUGUUUACUAGGAGCUUUCAUGGCUACUGAUUAUCUCAAACUUCUUUCUCCUGAUGCCAGAAGAUCUAUGAAUAGAGGUUCUGUGAUUAGGGAUCCGCCAACAUGGCGGCGGUCGCUGCCCCUCUGGUGGUGGCCACACCAAACAAUUACCACUUUCAAAUGUCAUGCACGUGCCCGCGGGGAAUGUCAAGCAGUCCCGUACUAUUACCAAACCGUAAUUGACGAAGGAAGCAGAGAUCAUGCGUUGCCAUAA